GUAUCGCGUUUUUUUCUAUGUGUUAGUCGGAACUAUUUUUGUUAUCUCAAAAUGUUGUGAUGCCACAAUGGAGUCAAAUAACACAGCCCCAGUUCUUUUCAUAUUUGGCGACUCGACAGCAGAUGUGGGAACAAAUAGCUUCUUGCCGAAAACGAAAAUCAUAGCCAAUGUGCCUUUCAACGGGAUUGAUUUUCCGAAUUCUAGAGCUACGGGACGGUUUAGCAACGGCUUCAACAGUGCAGAUUUCCUAGCCAAGCUAAUGGGACACAAACGAAGCCCGCAACCGUACUUGUUUUUGCUCAAAGCGGGCCUGAGAAAGAAGAUGUUUAGAGGUGUGAAUUUCGCAUCCGGAGGGGCGGGUCUGCUUGACGUGACCGGAAAAGACCUUAAAAUUGUACCAAUGUCCAAGCAAGUCAAGCAAUUCAAGACGGUUCUCAGCAAUCUUAUGGUCGUAAAGGGUCGACACGAAGCUAAAAAGAUAAUCAGGAAAUCAGUGUUCGCCAUUAGUGUCGGAAGCAAUGAUAUUUUCGGCUAUUUUCAGAAUCAAAGCACAGUUGAUCCAACUGUUUUCAUUGAAUCACUAAUGGAGGCAUAUCAAUGUCACAUUGAGUCUUUGUACCAUCUUGGAGCAAGAAAGUUCGGGAUCAUAGGCAUACCGCCAAUUGGAUGUUGUCCGUCACAAAGAAUUCACAAUACGACUGGAGGAUGUUUCGAGAUCGAAAAUACUUUUGCUCGAGCUUUUCACUCAUCACUUGAUGCCCUCUUGAACAAGCUAUCAUGUGAGCUAAAAGGAAUGAAGUAUUCACAUGGAAAUUCCUAUGAAAUGACGAUGAAUGUUAUCAAUCACGCACAACAAUUCAAUUUGACGUACGUUGAUAGAGCAUGUUGCGGCAAAGGAUGGUUAAGAGCCGAAGAUACGUGUAACCCACACGCAGAGUUAUGCACGAAUCGAAACAACUAUCUAUUCUGGGACUUGUUCCAUCCAACGCAGUAUGCGUCGAAGCUUGCAGCGGUAACCUUAUACAACGGUGGACCGGAAUUUGUAACCCCAAUUAACUUCGCUCAAUUGGUAGCGAGCUGAUUAUUUAGUUUUUGUGUCUUGCUUUUUUUAUUCAAUCAAACAUAUGGGCAUACCAUAUGUACGAAUAAGUCAGGAUCGUCUUUGAAGCAUGUUUAAGUCUAGUGAAAGGCGUUAAAAAGCCUGUACACCAUUUUGUUUUAGUGUUAUAAGUAUGAUGAAAUCAUCAUAUAUUCAUAUAAACCUUUUGUC